GCAUGGAGGAGAUGCCCCGGAGCACCACGGUGCUGGUGGAGGAGACGCAGCAGCAGCAGCAGCCGCCGCCGCGGGACCACCUGGUGUGGUCCCUGUUCACCACCCUGUACGGCAACUUCUGCUGCCUCGGCCUCCUGGCCUUCGUCUUCUCCGUCAAGUCCAGAGACCGCAAAGUGCUCGGUGACUACAGCGGGGCCCUGAGCUACGGCUCCACGGCCAAAUGCCUGAACAUCACGGCCCUGGUGAUCAACAUCGUCAUCGUCGUCCUCGUCAUUGUCUUCGUCUCCCUGGCCUUAGCCGGGGUCUUCAGCCACCGCCAGCCGUAUGGGGGAUAUGGAUACGGGUACGGCUCCACCUAAGUGCCUGCCCUCCUUGUCCUCGGGCUGUGCUUCCUUCUUGGGGCUGGAGCCAAAAUCCACGACAAUCCACCACAAUCCACGUGCCUCGCCCGGAGCUCGCUGCUCUCCUGUCCCUGUCCCUCCCCACUCGGAGCUCUCGUGGUGGCUGGAGCUGCCUGGGGAUGGACAUGGCGCCCCCGAGAGCAGCUGAGCACCCCAGCCCUGCCACAGCCUGCUUGGAGCCCCAGCUGCCUCAAAACAAUGCUGAGGAGGAGCUCCUGGUUCAGAGAAACCCUGCUCCCUGAAAUAAAUGUUUUUUUUACUUUUG